AUAUCUGUCAAACACAUGUGCUGUGCACCAAAAAACGUAAACAAGCCCUGUACGACAGGCCGUAAUGUUUUUGAUAUUCACAAUUAUAAACUCAUAUAAUUCACAAUGAAGAGCAAACCAGUAAAACAUAAAACUACGAACACAUUUCGGUUUGUGCCAUUUGCGGAGCGAAUAAAUGGUAUCGACAUUCGGCAUGCUGCUCUCUACCACAUUGAGCAUUCAUACUCUAGUCAACCGGGAGAGAAUGAUACACAUUUCCACUUGGCCAUCCAGAAAUGGCAUGCGCUCAAUUUGACGGAGAAUUUCAAGAAAUUCAAGAAAGAAGUCUUUGGCGUUGUGACAGUGGCACAGUUGAUUCAUAGAAAGGAGGAAGUACUAGAUUUGUUGGAAAAGUUUUUGAAAUUGGAAGACCAGUUGUGCCUACAACCAUUAUUAGAAAUACUGGUGUCAGUUGCGAAGGAUUUAAGAAAUGAUUUCUACCCACACUUUCCUAAAUUCCUGGAUAUACUUAUAAAGUUAUUGGACACAAAAGAUGCAGAGAGACUGGAAUGGACACUUAUAUGUUUAGCUUUUCUAUUCAAGAUAUUAAAGCCAUAUUUAAAGAAGGAUCUUGGUGUGGUCCUACCGAGAAUAAUACCUCUUUUGAGUGAAAAUAAACCGCAGUACAUAAAUAAUUUUGCUGCUGAAAGUUUUGCAUUUGUUGCCAGGGAUAUAAGGGAUAAGAAGAAGUUUGUGGAAUCUCUACUUAGUUAUUUGAAGGAUAAUGAUGAUGCUAUCACAGGAUGCGGUCAUUUGCUCUUUGAGAUAUUAAGAGGUGUGAGCAAUAAAUUCCACAGCUGUAUUGAUACUUUUCUACCUCUGCUAUUUGAUCAACUCAAAGAGAACAAGACGCACCAAGAAAUUCUAUUUAAAGUACUCACACAGACAGUGGAAGAUAGCUUACAAGGAAUUUCACAUAAAGAGUUCACAUUCUUUUGGGAUAACAUUGUGAAAUAUACAGAGGAAAUUGCUAAGGAAGAUGGCAAUAAAGGAUUGGAGUACAUACUCAGAUUGUCAGGACAAGUCAUUGAACAUCAACAUGGAAAAUAUCUGUCCAAUCCACAGCAGCAUACUGUUAUGUUGGUAAAAGUUAUUUGUGAACAAUCAUCGGAGACUGUUCUAAAAGUUUGCGCUCAAAUUGGAGCAUUAUUACUUCUAUCCUCAAAUAUUACACUGUCGCAAGAACAUGCUGGCAUCCUUGUUAAAGUACUACUGCCUUUACCGUUUCCAAAUAUUCUAAUUGAUUUCGUACAAAAUGUCAUCAGUUACUCACAGUUUGAUAUGCACAUAUUGCCCCAUUUUCUGAACUUUGUAAUUCAAUCCGAAUUUGACAAUGAAGCAAUGUCGACAUUAACGAAAAUAUGUUUGAGAAAAUCACCUUUAUCCAAGAACGGUUUGAAACUUUUUGAAUGGGUGAAAUAUCCACUGGAUUUCGGAAAAGGGUUGCCAUUAAUAAUGGAACACUUCAAAAAUGUUUUAAAUGAAGAUUUGGAGGAAAUAGUUGAGAAUCCAUCUAAGUUAAUGAAUGUACUGUUUUGCAUGCCGCAUAUAGAGCGACUUGAUGUUGACAUGUGUAUUGAAUUACUUCGAGAAUUAACAAAAAAACUUCUGAACACACUAUCCAUGUAUAAUCUGGAAUAUCAAAAUGAAAAUAAAUAUAUCUGUGAUACAACUGCAUUAUCAAUAUGUGCAAGAAAAAUAAUGUUCAUACUUGCUACUACAUUGGAAUGUGCGAUACAUAUAUCUAGCUGUAAACGCUUGAAGGAAAUAUGUGAUAUAGAUGUUCUGUUGCCAGUUAUAGUUCCCUGUGCAGCAGAUCCAAACUAUUUAGUAGCAUUGCAAUUAUUAGAUUUGUAUUUAACAGCUUAUGAGUAUGAGAACAGCCUGACAUAUCCAUUUUUGUCAUUGAUUGAUUCUUAUUUAAGAUCUAAUGUGUCUUCUCCAUUUCAUAUUGUGAGAUUAUUAACAACACACAUAUACAAAUUAUUCGAAAAUGUUGAAGAAUUAAAUAAAACACUACAAGUUGGUGGGGAAGUUGAAAGAUUUUCAAUUUUCAGUAAAUGUUACGCAGUGGAAUCCAUUACUCCUUCUAUACAAGAAUACAGGGCUCAAAUAAGCACAUUGCAAAAAAUGGCGUUCAACACAACACAGUAUGAAUUGGCGAAAGACACAGAUUUUCAUCUGUAUGCUCUACAUUAUAUGUUAGGUAUUUUAUAUGCCAAUUUCAAGCUACUCUGGGAACCAGUUGUAGAAUUUAUAGCAGGUUAUGGCAAUGGUCUCGUAAUUGAUGUCUUUUGGCCAACCUUCUAUAAGGCUCUAGAAAAUUCUUUCACUAACGCCAAGUGCAACAUCAAAAAUUUCAAAUAUGAUAACGAAAUUGAAGGAAAUAGUGUACUCCUUAAAGAUUUAUAUGCUGAAUACAAUAAUAUCCCAGAAAGGCCUGAUCUUUUCAAUUACAGAAAUUUGAUCUUAAAAAUAAUGACAUUUUGUAUUCAUGUUUGUGAGGCUAAAAAUAGGGAUGUUGUUACUCUUUUCCUGAAAUUCAUAGAUGAAGAGUAUAGGCAAAAUAGUAAUAUGAAUGCACUGACAAUAGAUGUUGAAAAACAUGAUAACGAAGCUAACAGUGCAAUGGAAGUCGAUAAUCCCGAACAGAAUGUUGAUAACCUUGAAAUUCCUGAAGAACAAGAAAAGGAUACUGUAUCAGGAAAAAUUAUAUUCAAAACCCUUAUAAAUAUAAUGCAAGUUCUUUCACAGUUUAAAAACCCUAGAGCACUCCAUAAGGAACCAGUUUUUUGGGAACUCUAUAUGGAGUUUUUAAAACAUAAAAAUCCUGGUCUCCAGAAAUAUGCAUUGGACUGUGUUUUGAAUUAUAAAAAUAAAAGUGUGGUUGCAUACAAAACAAAUCUACACAAUUUAGUUGAUGAAAACAAGUUUAAAGAUGAACUUGCACAAUUUAAAAUAACAGAAGAUUCAGAGGCUAUUCAUGUUGAAGAUAGAGAACAUGUUGUUCCUAUAAUACUAAGAAUUUUAUAUGGAAAAAUGACUUCAAAACUUGGAGCAGACAAAAAAGGAGGAGGGCAAACUAGACGAUCUUUAGUGAUGAGAUAUUUGAGUGGUUGUAAAGAAAAUGAAUUGAAAAUAUUCAUUGAAAUGGCAUUCACACACUUCAAGGACAAUAUGAAGUUAGAACCAAAGGAAAUAUUGUAUAAUAUAACUAAUAAUAUAGACUUAAAAGCAGUUACGAGCCCUGGAAAAAUACAUAGUGUAUUAAACUUAUUUGAUGUAGUAAGAGAGUAUUUUGGCGGAUGUAUGAAAGAUAGCUUACUAUCUCACUUUAUGAAAAUAUUUUAUGCUGUCUGUUCACACGUAGCCGCCGUUCUAUAUCGUGUUGAAAAAGUGCACGUGAGUUAUGUGAAAGUAAUGAAAAAUCUUAGGACCAUUGCUCUGUCAAUACUGGGAAAAGUUUUUGAUCAGUUUGACAAAUAUACGUGGAGUAAGGAUGAAUUGUAUGUCAUAUACGAAACUUUAAUAUGGCCAGUACUUCCUAGAUUGCACAUUGAGGGUAUUUACAGCCCAACAGUUCUUCUAAAGCUAUUCAAUACUUGGUGCCUCAAUCCAAGAUACUAUAUUUUACUUAUAACAUGUUCCGAAAAUAAUGCUUCCCUAAGUCCUUUACCUGAAAUAUUUAAACUUCUGCUAGCACCAAAAACUACGCCCGGUGUUGUUAACAUGAUACUUGAUAUGGUCGAAAAAUUAUUGACCUUAACCGAAGAUGAAGAAAAAGAAGUUCCAGAUUUAGAAUCGUUUAAUGUUUUAGAAGUAAAAUCUGAUAGAACUGAUAUCAAUUUUGGCAGUAAAAUUUUAAUACCUCACUUGCCCAGUAUUUUGGAAGUCAUGAAGAGAAGAGUUGCAAAUUCAGCAAAGUCGAAUACUGUGAAUAAAAGAGAUCUUUUAAUACUUUCACGUGUUACGGAGAUGGUUACGACACCCGAGAUGUGCGACGAUUUAUUGAAUCUCCUGCUUCCUAUACUUGUUAAAAAAGUUUGCAUGAAUAUGGCUGAAGAAAACAUGGAACAUGCAGUAAAUACUAUUAUAAACCUUCUUGGACAUAGUUCUAAUCCACAGCUUUACAUGAAGAAUAUUGCUGUUCUCUUUAAUAAGAUUACUUUAGUUGAAGUUAGAAAGUUAUUGAUUAAACUGUUGUUUUCUAUGUGCAAAAAUGAAUCCGCUAAUAAAGAAGCGUUAACGAAAAUAGCUAAUGUUGUUAGUGAAAUGAAUGCUUUCAAUAAAAGGUGGAUAGACCAACCUGAUUUUGACAAAAGAAUAGAUGCAUACAAGACGAUUUAUCAAAUGUUGGAUAAUAAUGAGAUUGAUAUUGAUUUGGCUAUUUUAAUCGUUAACAAUUGUUUCUUCUUCAUCCGCACAGAGAAAGACAUCGGUUUACGCGAUAGUGCAGGAUUAUGCUUAAAGAAAAUACUCCCGAAAUUGUUGAUGAAGUACAGAUCAACUAAUGAAGGACAAUUUUUCGUUCGAGACACUGUGCUCUCACUUAUAUCAACUGGUAUUCGCGAUAAGAAAAAUGAUAUUUUGCGAAAUGAGAGCCUAACAAUAUUGGGAGAAUUAGUACGGGAAUGUCCUGAUGCAGAUGUAGUACUAUCCGAUUUAGCUCCUUUAGCUAGCAAAGAAGAUAUGGAAGUUGACUUCUUCGAAAAUUCUUGCCAUCUCCAGUUGCAUAGACGUGUGCGAGCGCUUCUUAAGUUCUGUAAAGUAGCAAGAAAAAUAACAAAAUGUCCAACACCAAGGACUCUCACUAAUUUCAUAUUACCUUUGGCAUCUAUGUACAUAUGUGACGACAAUUAUUCGGAUAAGAACACGUUAAUUGAUGCUUGUAUUGAAGUUAUAUCCACAUGCUGUAGGUUGCUACCGUGGUAUCAUUACGAAGUGAUCUUGAAGUUGUAUUUGAAUAAAAUGAGACACUCGACAGAGCACCAAAAACAACUAACGCGUAUCAUAGUUGGAGUUAUUGAUGCGUUCCAUUUCGAUUUCUCUAAAGUUAAAAAUAUCGAAUUACCAAAAUCGUUAAUGAAUAGUAUUAAAAUUGAUAAAAAUAAGAAGGUAGAUAAAGUUGAGGAGGAAAAAGGUCAAGAGUCAGAAGAUGAACAGGAAAGUAAAGAAAAGGAAUCGUUAGAGGAAGAUCAGGAAAGUAAAGAAAAGGAAUCGUUAGAGGAAGAUUUAAUCACAGAAGUCGGUGAUGAGAAAGACGAAGAAGAAUCGAAAGAAGUGUCUAGUUCACCGGCCUUUGAAAGAAUUACUAGUGUUUCGCCUUCUGUGGCUAAUAGGAUAAUCAAAUCAUUAACAGCUGGGUUAUUACCUCAAUUAAAUAGAGCAAUAGGCAAACUGACGGAACACGAAGAGUCGCACAAAGUGAACCGUCGUCGUACCGGAUUGAUCCGUCAAGAGGAGGACAUGUUGCGAGUACCUAUAGCUCUCGCUUUGGUCAAGUUAUUGCAACGCUUGCCAGGAGACUUCUUGAAAUAUCAGUUACCUGGGAUUAUAAUAAAGUUAUGUUCGUUCCUAAAAUCACCACUAAAACAAGUAAGGAUAGCAGCGCGCGAUAUCGUUAAGAAAGUGAUGAUAACAGUCGGUACUCCAUAUCUUGGCGUGUUCUUUGAACAUUUAACUCUACUACUGACCAGGGGUUUCCAAGUCCACGUACUUGUAUCCACAAUCCACACUGUGCUAGAUGCUUUAAAAUCUGACUUCAAACCAGACGAUAUAGAUCAAAAUCUCGAAUAUAUUCUUGAUGUAUGCAUAAAUGAUUUAUUUGGCCAAUUAUCUGAAGAAAAGGAAGUGGAGAAAUUACACUACAAAACUCCAGAAGCAAAACCAAGCAAGAAAAGUUACGUGACACUCAUGAUUGUGUCUCAGAAUAUUACAGAGAAAUGUUUAAUCAACCUCCUCUUACCGUUUAAAGAGGUCUUACAGAAUCACCACUCGAAGAAAGUAGUUCUGAAAGUACAAGAUGCCUUAAUGCAUAUAUCAAGUGGUUUAGUUACGAAUAAAUUUAUCGAUAUCGAAUCUCUUUUCAUAUUCCUUCACGGAAUCGCAUCAGAGAGCAUUCCAGAAUUUGUUUUGAGUGCUCCUAAACGAGUUCUUACUGAAGACCAGAAAGAAAAGAUGCUUAGAGCGAAACCGGAUUGUUUCAUUAUACCAGAAACACCAAAAAGGAAUAAGGAGUCACAAGCUCGACACGUCAAAACGUCUGCUAAAGCGAACGCUCAUGUUCUAGUGGAAUUCAGUUUAAACAUACUUUACAUUAUUUUGAAGAGGGAAAAAGUGCCUAGAAUGGAUUGUAAGGCAUUCGUGGAUCCUCUUAUACCGUUGCUAGUGGAUGCGAUACAAAGUGACCAUAUUAAAGUUAUAACUGUAGCGCUAAAAUGUAUAGCGGCGUUGUGGACGAUCAGAAUUAGCACGCCGACGUUAGAAGAAAUGGUCGAAAGUAUUGUGAAGACGAUAUUCUCGAUAUUACAUAAAUACGCGACUUUUGAGAUCAGCAAACAGAAUGAUAAUUAUCAUCUUGUUAGGACCGCUUUUAAGGCUGUAACAGUACUUGUAAGAAAUGUUAAAUACUAUACUUUAGAAGCAGAUCAACUUAAAACAUUGCUUUUAUAUGCUGAAGAAGAUUGUCAAAACGAUGAAAGACAGACGAACUCAUUUUCCUUGUUAAAAGCUAUAUUGGAUGCAAAAUUAGUUUCUACUGAGUUACACGAAGUUAUGCAAAAGAUAUCGAAGAUUUGUAUUUUAAGUGAAUCUGCAAGAUCCAGAGACGAAGCUCGCGGUAUUUUCGUAACAUAUCUAACGAAUUAUUCACCGGGAAGGCGAAUGGAGAAAUUCAUACAGUUCUUCAUGUCUCAACUGAACUAUGAGCUGCAGCAUGGGCGGGAAUCGUCGCUUAAGUUCAUUGAAAUGAUCGUGAGGAAAUUUGAACCGGCAUUCCUCUCCAAGCACAGCGAUUACAUGCUACUAGCGCUGGGAGCCAGCAUGCUGAACGACAGCGCGGCGGAGUGUCGCAGCGCUGCGGCCGCGUGUAUAGAGGUGAUGCUGACCAGACUCUCAGCCGCUGAUAGGAACAAGCUGUUUGAUAUGGUGCUCAAGUUCUUUGAAGAUACAAAGCCUGUACACUUCGAAUUAGCAGCACAGUUAGCAAUUCGGUUUGUUAACGUUGAGCAAGAAAACUUUAAAACCCGUAUUGAAACCCUCCUUCCCGUACUCAGUGGAAAAAUAUUACUUCUCAGCAACGAUAUUACUGAAGGCCGCUUUGUUAAAAUACGCCUCGACGACACUGAAAAAUCGGACGAAGAUAAACAGAAAGAAAAAGACCACAGCCUAAUACAAAUUCUGAAUUUAAUAGAUGCUAUUGCAACGCACUGUGUUGCCACUUUGAAAAAUAAGAAUUAUAAUUCCGAUUACGAUGAUAUAGGGCAACACUGUCAAGCGUUAUUGGCGUAUCCUCAUGCGUGGGUUAGAUUGCGAGCGGCGAAAAUUUUGGGGCAUAUUCUGAAUAGUGUAAAUGUUGAAGACUUAGAGAAUAAAGGUGAAAGUGACAGAGGGUUUAUUUAUUAUGACACGGAGGAUGCUUUGCGUAGCCUCGUGUUGGAUUUGUGCGCGCAGUAUACACCUAAUGUUGGAAAGGAUAUGGCUGAUCAGGUGACUGAGGUAUUAUUCCUCAUACUAAAGCUAGUGCAUUCAAUGCCUAGCUUCAAAUUGACAAAUAAAGUAGAAAGUGACGAAGUCGACACGGAAAAAGCUAAAGUGAAUAUAAGAUGGAUCCUGUUUAAAUUACGGAAAGGAGUCAAUGCUGAAGUGGCUAGAGCGCCUACUUGUAUGAAUAUUAGGUCCGCCAUUUUUACAAUGUGGAUCCACUUCAUAAGUAUCCUUGAACCAGAGGAUAUUAACAGAAUAAUAGACGUAAUGUUACCGCCGGUUGUUCGAGAACUUUCCACAGGUGACGCGAUGUCACCGUCUAGCGUCGCUAAACAACUCGCGGGAAGAAUUGGGAAAAAGUUGAGAAGGAAAAUCGGAGAUAUUGAAUAUAGCAAGCUUGCUGCGGAAGUACAAACUAAAUUGAAUAUUAAGAGGGCUGAGAGGAAGAAGAUCUUAUUACAAGAAAAAGUCAGUAAUCCAGAGAAAGCAGCGAAACGAAAACUUCAAUUACGCGAAAAGAAGAAGCAAGCAAAGAAAAUUAAACUAGAAAUGUUACACGGAAAGAGACCGAAAACGAGGAAAAGGAAAGCCGAAGAUAUUGAUAUUGAGGACCAAUUACUGCAGGACGAUUAACUUUUUUACAAUAAAUAUUAAUUUUUAAUUUAAUCUCUUUAUUUUAAUUCGUCCAAGUUGAACUGAAAGUGUUGAAUAUAAAUGUGUUUUAUCGUAAAAAGUAUUCAUCAUUAAAAUUUGAAAAUAUCGAAAUUCCUCAGAUCCAAUGUCUAGGCUCUUAGUUCUGUGAACUAUUUUGUAUAUUAUCCUGUAAAUAUUGUUAUAGUUGAAAAUAAAUGAAUUUCAUAUUAA